UUGAAUCUUUUUCUGUCUCUCUUCUGUUCAGCCUCUGAACCCAAUCUGAAGGUACGUUCACGGUUAAAACAGAAGGUGGCUGAGAGGAGGAGCAGCCCACUUCUUAGACGGAAAGAUGGUACUGUGAUCAGCACCUUCAAGAAAAGGGCGAUUGAGAUCUCAGUGUCCUCUAUGUGCAGCAGUGCUCCUGGCUCGGGUCCCAGUUCUCCGAACAGCUCUAACUGUGCCAUUGCCGAGAAUGGCUCCAGCGGAUCCGUCCCAAACAUCCACGCUGAGCAGUUGCGUUCUCUGCAUCAGUCUUUGACUGGAGAUGGGACACCGAGUCCCCUUAGCCUCUACACCUCUCCAUCUCUGCCCAACAUCUCACUUGGACUGCCUGCCAACGCGCACAUCACGGCUCCUCAGAAACUCAGUGCCCAGCAGGAGGCAGAGCGGCAGACAAUCCAGAGUUUGCGGCAAGGUGGGCCACUGACAGGGAAGUUCAUCAGCACAUCGUCUCUGCCGACUGGCCUUCCUACCGUUGCACCCCAUGACCCUGAGCCCCCUUCCGCUUCUAAUAGCCACAGUAGCCAUUCCUCGCUGCUCCAGCACGUCCUGCUGCUGGAGCAGGCUCGACAACAGAGCGCACUUCUCGCAGUUCCCAUGUACGGACAAUCUCCGCUGGUAACGGGUGAGCGGGUGUCCAACAACAUGCGUACAGUGAACAAGUUGCCUAGGCACAGGCCGCUGAGCCGUACCCAAUCAGCGCCGCUGCCGCAAACACCACAGGCCCUGCAGCACCUCGUAAUGCAACAGCAGCACCAGCACUUCCUCGAGAAACAGAAACACUACCAGCUAAAUAAGAUCCUUUCCAAAGGGGCUGAACUUCCAAGGCAGCCUCCCACGCACCCAGAGGAGACAGAGGAGGAGCUUACAGAAACCGCAGAGAUGCAGGAUGAGCGGGGGGAGGGGCUUGAUCACAUAAGGGAGGGGCUACAGAAAGAGAGCUCCGGCGAAACCACACCCCCUUCGGAACGUCUGGUUCCGUUGAAGGGAGAAAGCACAGAAAGUGAUUUGGAGGAGGAAGACGAUGAAGACGAAGCUAUUGAACUUAGGGAAUGCGAUGAAGAGGGCGCUCCCUAUGGCCAG